UAGGUGUGGUUCUCUACAGCAGUAGUAUAUCUGCAUUCAUUUCUCGACGGAUCUUGGCGGAUAGCAGCGAGCUGAACCAUUGAGAGAGAGCAGCAAUGACGGCUGACCCGCUUCGCUCGGCCAUGGCGCCCAGCUCGACGGAGGACACGUCUCUGGUGCUGCCGUCCGACAGAAAACAGCGCACUGGGCAGCAGCGCGUCCUGGAGCAGGUCAAAUCCAUUAGGAGAAGCAAGAUAGUUAAGAAUGACUCCAUUACGUCGCCAGCAAGUCCGGCGUCAGUGACAGAAUACAGUGAGCCUAAAUUCCAGUUCUCACCGACAAAACUGAACGACACCCUUUUCAAAUGGGGCAGCUUCAACAUGAGCACAAACCAGAACAGAAUGACUGUUCGCAGCAUAUCAGUGCGCAACACCAUGAGAAGACAGACCCAGAGCUCGAAUGCAAAGUCUGCAUCCAAUGGCAUGAAGGCCAGAAACAGUGAUGAUUUGCGCAGCACCAGCCAGUCACUAGUAGGAAAUUUCAAGCCUCCAUUUGGCGAGUCACAGAGGAUGACGAAAGUCACCAUGAACAGGAGAAAAUCAGAGCCAUUGUGUAUGAAUGGCACUACAGGAUCUAUGCCUAGCAUCACUCUGCAGGACGCUGUGGAAUAUCUGAGUCACUCGGACGUGAGCUAUCAGCUUUGUGGAGCUUCCUUCAUACAACGCCACACCUUCACUGAAGACAAAGCCAAGCAGGAGGUUCGAGUGUUAGGAGGGAUUCCUGCUCUUAUUCAGUUGCUGAAAGUUGACAAUUCACAGCUGCAAGAGAUAGCAUCUGCUGCACUGCGCAACCUUGUUUUCAAGGAUUCCAAUAACAAGCUUCAAGUGGAAAGUUGUGGAGGACUAGAACCCAUUCUGACCUUAAUCAGAAACACCAACGUCACAGAAACCCAGAUACAACUCACUGGUCUGUUGUGGAAUCUGUCCUCGGCGGACACUCUGAAGCCAGUGCUCGUCAGAUGUGCCCUGCCCCUGCUUACAGAAAACAUUGUGGUUCCAUACACCUGUUGGACUGACAACAACACCAGCAAACACAUUGACCCCGUGGUCUUCUACAACACCACCGGCUGUUUACGAAACCUCAGCUGUGCUGAGGAGGAGCAGAGGAUAUCUAUGCGUAACUGCACAGGACUGAUUGACUCACUAAUGACACAUGUUCAGUCUGAGGUGGAAAGGGGCCAGCACGAUGGCAAGACAGUGGAAAACUGUGUCUGUAUACUCCAUAACUUGAGCUAUCAUUUGGAGAGGGAGGCCCCUGAACACUUCAAACAGUAUUCUAUCGCUGAUGAGGCACCACAUGAGAAUACAAGCAAAAAGAGCAUCUUUAGCCCCAAGAGCACCAAAACACAAAAGAGAUUUAGCUUACCAGAAAUAAAGGAGACGGAGCCUGAAGGAGUGAGUUGGCUGUACCACACAAAGUCUCUGCAGUUAUACCUGUCUCUGCUGAGCUUCAGUCACAACGAAGCCACCCUGGUUGCAUGCUGUGGAGCUCUACAAAACCUUACUGCUUCAAAGAACCUGGUGUCCACUCAGAUGAGUCAGACCAUCGUUCAGAAGCUAAAUGGCCUGUCUGUCAUUACCCCUCUGCUGAAAUCUGGAAACUCUGACUUACAGAAGACCGCCAUGUCCUUGGUGGGGAACAUGUCCCGGGUCUCAUUUUUGUGGGAUACUAUGGCCAAGGCAGUUCUCCCCGAUGUCGCCUCUGUUCUCACAGCUGUGACCCCGAGCAUGGUUGAGUACGAUAGCUCCAUGGCCACAGCAUGCCGAGUGAUGCACACACUCUUGCUGGCAGAGCCUGAGAGUGCCAAGAAAGUGUUGAACAUAAAACUUAUCGACUCUCUGACCGAUCUGAGUGAAAAUAUAUCAUUCGAGACAGCCAGAAAAGCUGCUGGAGUCCUUCUCUACAGUAUGUGGGGGCAAAAAGACAUUCAGAAUGUGCUGAAAAAGCAAGGGAUGAACAAGGACACAUUUAUAAAUGCAGUCACUGCUACCGCGUACAAAUUGGCAACAAGCAUGAAUGGACACUGAUUGACAUGCAAAUACAGUCUCCUGGAGCUAAAUUAUGGAUUUUAGGAUACUGUCCUGUCUAUGUAUUAGGGCUGCAACUAACGAUUAUUAUUGACUAAUCUAACACUUAUUAGAACGAUUAUUUGACCAUUUGGCUAUUAUUGCAACGAUUAAUCAUUAGCUCUUAACCGAUUAUUCAGCUUGUGCCCCGACUUAAAAGGUUGUAUUAAACAUGCUUACUAACAAUAAAGAGGACAAAAUCAUCUUUUAAAAAUACCUCUAAAUGACAUUCACUGAAUUAAAGGGAAAAACACUUUUUAUUAAGUUUAAUUCAGUAAAGAAAUUGACUGUAAAAAAAAUAAAAUCCUAUUGUUAUCAAGUGUUUUUGUCUUGUUUUCCAUUUAAAAUGGUCUAAAAAUCCUUAAAACAAGAUACAUUUACUUGAGAAGCAACAUAUAAGAUAUUUGGACUUGCUUUAAGAGAAUGUAUCUUAAAUAUAAGUGUAUUUUGUAUAAAAGUGUAUUUUUUCACUUGGUUAUUCUUUGAGUGCAGUAAAGGCAAAAUAAACUUAUACUCAAGAUCUAUUCUCUAAAAGCAAGUCUAAAUAUCUUAUAUGCUGCUUCUCAGGUCAAUGCAUCUUUUUUUAAUGGAUUUUUAGAUAUUCUAAAAUAUUUGUAUUUUUAAUAUUCAACAUUCUCAGAUAACAAUUUUUUCUUCUGCAGUAUAGCUGCUAAAGUAAAUGUACAUUGUUUUAAAGGAGUUUUAGAUAUUUAUAUUGGAAAACAAGCCAAAAACAAAAACAGAUCAGAAAUGUAUUUUGUUGCAGUGUAUGAUGGGGCGAAGUCUACCCUCUCUCACCUUUCUAUUCACUUCAAUCCAUCUUUAACUCACAAAAAAACAAACUCUCUCUAUUAAUAAAGCUGCGUAUUGCCAAUUUUCUUCACAAUAAGAAAUGCACAGUGACACAUAUGUUAUGAUUCAAUAAGUCGUGAGCCAUCACGUUAUAAUCUAGCUGCAUUAAGCGUGCGUGUUCGAGGGAUGAGCGUCCCCGUGAUAGAAUGUGCAUCAGCCAGCUGCAGUUUCAAUCUCUUCCCCUUAGAUCGGGACAUUCACGCAACUCAUAGAAGAGGCGCUGACUGCACAGAGAAAUGCAUUUCUGUAUUUACUUAUUUUGUAUUUUUGUACAGUUCCCUCAUACUUUGCGAUCUACAUCACCUGAAGCUGUUUGGAAAGUUUAGAGUGCGUCUGGACUGUGAGCUGUGUAAUUCUUCCUCUCCUCAGUCAGGCGUGAGCUGCAGUGCUGCUCUUGUGUGCAAUCAUUACAGUUUCAUAUGAUCUCAUGUUAGGUUAAAUGAGAUCAAACGACUAUUCGACAAUGACAAUUUUUGUUGACAAUUUUUAUGUUGUCGAUAAUGUCGACUAAUCGUUUCAGCCCUAAUAUGUAUAUUGCAGACCACCACAUUUCCAGGAAAAGCAUACAAAAAGUUGCUUAAAAGGAUAGUUCAUCCAAGAAUGUAAGUUCUGUCAUUUAAAAAUAAAUGGUGACUGAAACCUCCUUUUGUGUUCCACAGAAGAUAAACUAUAAUUUCUGGGUGAUUUCUGGGAAAUAGGAACAUUUUUGCCUAAACAUUAAACAUCUUUGUGAUUUAUGGACAAGUUGUGUUAUCAAUCACCAAUCCCAUGAUAAAAUCCUUCUCUGGCAUUUGUGGAUGUGUAAAUGGAUUGCUAGUAGAGGCCUGUUGAAUGCGCAGAUAUGCAGGUUUACCAUGGAAAACAUACACUUGGGCUUGCCAAACUUGCACUACUGGUCCUGCAGAGUAAUAAUUCCACUCUUCUUCUUGUAUUGAUGUCCUUCUAUUGUCCUCCUGUUAUUUUACAAAUAUUGAAAACAGUUUAAAAUGUAUAUUGUAAUAUUACGAGGUGAUGUUAAACUUUUGUUUUUUGAUGCAAUGAGGCCUAUUUACUGUAUGUACGUUUGUUAAAGGAAUAGUUCAUCCAAAAAUGAAAAUUCUCUCAUCAUUUACUCACCUUCAUGCCAUCCCAGAUGUGUCUGACUUUCUUUCUUCUGCUGAACACAAACCAAGAUUUUUAGAAGAAUAUUUCAGUUCUGUAGGUCCACACAAUGUAAGUGAAUGGUGACCGGAAAUUUUGAAGCUCCAAAAAGCAGAUAAAGGCAACAUUAACCUCCUGAGACCCGAGCGCAACUGCUGUGUGUAUUUUAUAUUUCCCUUUUUGAUAUGUAACUAGUAGCCCCCAAUAAACAUGCAAAAUAAAUAAUAAAAGAAAAAAAGAAAAAUUAGAGCAAAGAGUUUUCCUGAAAAAAUUAUGUCCUCAUAUGGGGACAGCGGGACUAAGUUUAAAUUUUAAAGAAUACCAAUCUAUAGAAAGUCAGUUUUAUUUUUUUAUUUUUAUCAAACUGUUUAUUAUGUGUACAGGAGUGUUGGUUAUUCCUGUUUUUAAGAUGUUACAGACAUCACAGCUGAUUUUCUGUAAAGCUGCUUUGGAACAAUGUGGAUUGGGAAAAGCACAAUUUUUUUAUCUUACAGUAUUUGUUCUAUUUAUUUAUUUUUCUCGACUUGGGCAACAAAAUCUCAGUGUUAUCUCUAUGCACUGUCAAACAAACAAGUGAUAGCCAGUGCUGAAGCGUUUUACCCAUCAGAAAUUAGCAUAAAUAUUUUUGAUUCAAAGUAAUGGCCAGAUUUGUCCAAUCACUGCCAACCAUUUUAAAAUAUAAUUUGGCAUUAUAAAUUCUGAAUCUAUUUACUGAUUACCAUUGUCCCGUGUCUCCAUAUAAAGUCUCUGAAAGCAAAUGUUUCAGCUUUUGAAUGCACCCAUAGAUUCUCAAUGUGAAAAUGCACAGUGAAUAUAGGAUUUCUAAGGGAAAAAAGCCCUAUAGUCCACAUUUGUGGUCAUUGUGCCGUUUCGCGAUAAAUCGCUGACAUUUUCAAAAUGGCACAUCGGAUGAAACUGAGACUCUAGUCUUUUGACUUAUACAGGUUUCAAUGUGAAAACUUAAGUGAGGUUUCUUACCAGAUGUAAUUUUGUUGGUGUUUCUCCCAAAGACAAACUGCUGAGAUCGGCGGAAUGUUGUUUGUCACAUGACUUGUUGCAUCAAAAGUUUAUUCCUUUACUGACAGCCCAGAGUAUCCUGAACUGUGAUCAGUCAGUUUAAAUGAAAUUAAAUUAUGCAUAGCGUAUAGAGAAGACAAAACACACAGUCCACGCAGGAGGACGCGGGGUCGCACGAGGUUAAAGUAAUCCAUGAGACUCCAGUGGGUUAAUCAAUGUCAUCUGAAGUGAUCCAAUUUGUUUUGGAUGAGAACAGAUCAAAUGUACUGUAACUCCUUUUUACUUUAAAUCUUGACAUCAGCAGUCUCCUUGGCGAUCAUGAUUUCGAGCUCGAUUACACUUCCUAUUUCGCCACCUAGUGCUCUGCGCAUGCAUCAAGCACUAGGAAGUGUAAUCGAGCUUGAAAUCAUGAUAAUGCCUAGAUACUGCAAUGGCAAGGUAUACAGUGAAAAAGGAGUUACAUUUUGGUUUGUUCUCACUCAAAACCAACUGGAUCACUUCAGAAGACAUUUAUUAAAGUACUGGAGUCAAAUGGAUUAUCUUAAUGUUGCCCUUAUCUGCUUUUUGGAGCUUCAAAGGUCUGGCAACCAUUCAAUUGCAUUGAAAAGACCCACUGAGCUUAGUUAUUCUUCUAAAAAUCUUUGUGUUCAGCAGAAGAAAAAAGCAUACACAAUUGGGAUGGCAUGAGUGUGAGUAAAUAAUGAGAGAAUUUAAAUUUUUGGGUGAACUAUUCCUUUAACUGUAUAAAACAUUUUAAACUGUGUGCUUUCUGAAUAUGUUCUUCUGGCUCUCUACCCCUCAUGAACAGGAGCUUCAUUUAAGUAAUUUGAUGUCUUUGGUUUUAUAUUGGAUGAGAUUGUUGUCUGCAAACCCUUCUGUAGGGUACAACUGGGUUAAAGGCACUCCUUAUGGAAAUGUUGCUUUUUUCUGGUCACAAAAUGUAUCAAAGUCAAAUUGAAAAUUGAUGGAGCAACAUAAUUUCUGUGAAAAGAAAUAAUAACGGAAGGUUGUUUUGAUUAAAAUUCAGUUUUAAAAAAAGGUGGCGAGGGAGCCUUUUACCCCAUACUCGGGGUAAAAGGCCCCUAGGGGGUUUAAAGUGAUAUUGUGAAGAUACCGGGGCAAUAAUUAUAGCGCACAAUUUGUCAAUUAAUGCAAAUAAUUUUGAGACAGGAAGAUGCUUUUUUGAGUAACAUAUUAAGAUGAUGUUUACUCAAAACUACUUCAGAAAAAGUCAACCAUUUCCUGUUCAUUUCAAACACAUUUUUCAUUUUAUUACAUCUCAAGUAUUCUAUAUACAAACUAAUCUCUGUUAUGAUUGGAUGACUCAAUGUGAGCCCACUUUGAACAUUUUUCUUAACAAAUCUAUUCCCCCCAAUUAAGAAAAACAAUGUGUUUAAUAGGGGCCUUUUGCCCUAAAUACUAUCCUUUCACUUAUGGGACAGUUAUUGAAAAAUAUUUGAUUUAAUAACCUAAAACAAAACUGAAAAUGAUAUGUAUUUUGUCUCAAAAGAAAUUUGUUAAUUUAAGGGAUUUUCAUUAGCUACAGAAAUGUGCUGCAUUUUAAAAUAUAAUAAAAAUUAGAUUAAAUUGCCUCAAAAUCAAACUUUAGACAUUACAUGCAAUGAUCUCAUGGAAGAGGAAAAUUUUCCAGUGUAUAGUGACAAACAGAUGUUUAGGGAAGUUCUGUGGUAGUUUUUGUUGCUAUUUAGUGUUUUGGGAGAAAAUAAAAUCAAUGGAGCCUUUUACCCCACGGAGCCUUUAGCCCUGUUGUAUAUAAUUGCAGAUGACAGAUUGUACAUCACUGUUUUUCAUUUGAUUCAGUUGUUCACCGUAAAUUAGGGUUUGGAUUUUAGAACUAGUUCUUCUUCAUAACCGGAAAUGACUUUCAGUAUGCAUCUUGUUUUCUGUCAGCUGUGCAUGAUAAUAAUCACCUUUCGAGUACAGUGUCUCCCACUAUAUUGUGACUCCUGUGUAAAUAAAUGUAUGCUGCCUCUGUA